AUGUUCAAACUCGUCCGUAGCAAUCCAAUUGCUGCCAAUUUCAGAGCCUCUGUAAGGACGCCGAUUCCUAGUCGCUUUGCCCAGCAGCAAAGAAGAAACCUCUCCAUCCAUGAAUACCUCUCCGCAAACCUCCUGAAAACAUAUGGGGUAGGCGUUCCUAAGGGCGAAGUUGCCCGAACCGCAGAGGAAGCAGAAGCUGUAGCCAAACAGAUUGAUGCGGAGGAUCUGGUGAUUAAGGCCCAGGUUCUCGCCGGUGGCCGAGGAAAGGGCACUUUUGAUAAUGGCCUGAAGGGUGGUGUGCGCGUUAUAUAUUCACCAACUGAGGCCAAGAUGUUUGCCGAUCAGAUGAUCGGCCACAAGCUCGUCACUAAACAAACCGGCGCACAAGGUCGCAUCUGCAAUGCCGUAUAUAUCUGCGAGCGCAAAUUUGCCCGACGAGAAUUCUACCUAGCUAUUCUGAUGGAUAGACAGACUCAAGCACCAGUCAUCGUUUCUUCAUCACAAGGUGGUGUAGAUAUCGAGACAGUCGCCAAGGAAACGCCCGAUGCCAUCACCACUACCAGUGUCGACAUUAAUGUCGGUGUCACAGAUGAGAUGGCAAGAAAUAUUGCCAAGGACCUAGGAUUUUCGGAACAAUGCUUGGAAGAAGCCAAGAAUACCAUUCAAAAGCUUUACAAAGUCUUCAUGGAGAAGGAUGCCACACAAAUCGAGAUAAACCCUCUUUGUGAGACUACUGAGCAUGAAGUUCUUGCCAUGGAUGCUAAGCUUGGAUUUGAUGAUAAUGCCGAAUUUAGACAAAAGGAAAUUUUCUCAUGGAGAGAUACUACCCAGGAAGACCCGGAUGAGGUCAAGGCUGCGGAAUCUGGAUUGAACUUCAUUAAAUUGGACGGAGAUAUUGGGUGUCUGGUCAACGGCGCUGGCCUUGCAAUGGCAACCAUGGACAUUAUCAAACUCAACGGUGGCAAUCCCGCCAACUUCCUCGACGUUGGUGGCGGCGCUACCCCACAAGCUAUUAGAGCUGCUUUCGAGCUAAUAACCAGUGACCCCAAGGUCACUGCCAUUUUUGUCAACAUUUUCGGUGGUAUCGUUAGAUGUGAUGCCAUCGCUCAAGGUUUGAUCAAUGUAGUUAACGAAAUGAAUCUUCGCACACCGAUUGUUGCACGUUUGCAAGGAACUAAUAUGGCUAAAGCGCACGAGCUGAUCAACGAAUCGGGCCUCAAAAUCUUUUCCAUGGAAGAUCUGCAAAAUGCAGCUGAAAAAUCUGUCCAGUUCUCCAAAGUCGUCAAAAUGGCCCGUGAUAUCGACGUGGGCGUAGAGUUUUCGCUUGGUAUUUAA